UCUCCUCUUGAAAAUCCCAAAACACCCACUUCCCCCGACACAUGAUGUGAGUCUCGGUUCCUUUCGGGUUUCGAUCGAGAGGACAGGUACGCAGAUGAUCUCCGCUCGCACGAGAUAAUAGUAGAUUUAUCUCUCUGUCGAAAUUACUUUACCAAGAUAUAUAUAUAUACACAUAUAUAAUCCCAAUCAUUAACCAUUAUUAUCUUUGGUAUCUCCGAUCUCGCCACCUAAUUUUCGGUUCUUACAAAAUCCCUCGAUCCCACGAAUUCCAUUUUCCAUUUAUCCGUGCUUUCCGAUUUUCGACUGCUGAGAUUCUUUUUGUUUAAAUUUUCUCUUAAAUUCCGUGCCAAUCCAUUUUUUAAGGUCGGAUUCUUUUGAUUGUUAUCGCUGGCGUUGUUAUUGCAUUGAAAUUGGAUUUGAUGAAGUUCAAGGCGUUGGUAUUUGGAUCUGAGCUUUGAUCGACUUGGAAUUCUGGUUUGGUAAUCAGUUACUGAGGUAGUUUCAGCAAUUUUGUUGCUUGCAAAUGUCGGUACCGAACGUGGAUCAAUUCGAAGUUUACUUUAGGAGGGCGGAUUUGGAUGGAGAUGGCAGGAUCAGUGGAGCUGAAGCUGUAGGGUUCUUUCAAGGAUCUGGUUUGCCCAAAAAUGUCCUUGCUCAGAUAUGGGCGCAUGCUGAUCAGUCCCAUAAUGGUUUCCUUGGUCGCCAAGAAUUUUAUAAUGCUCUCAAACUCGUAACUGUAGCUCAGAGCAAGAGGGAAUUAACACCAGAUAUUGUUAAGGCAGCAUUAUAUGGUCCUGCUGCAGCAAAAAUUCCACCACCACAAAUUAAUCUUGCAGCUGUUCCUGCACAUCAAUUCAAUUCAAUGGCUGCUGCACCAGCUUCAAAGACGGGUUCAAUUUCACAAACAACUUCUCAAGGUUUUGGCUUCAGAGGACCAGGCCUUCCGAAUGCAAGCAUGAACCAGCAGUUUUUUCCUUCUCCACAGAGUCACUCAAUGAGACCAACUCAAGCUAUGCCAGCCAGUGGUGUUCCCCAUCCAUCACUGGCUACUGCUGGUCCAGAAUACAGGGUGGGUAAUCUACCCAGUCAAAAUCAAGCCAUGCCUUCUGCUAUAGCUGCCCGUCCACCUCAAACUGUGUCUCCUAGUAUUGCUGGUCCGGGUAUGUCAGGUCCAAACAGCUCAAAUGAUUGGUUCAGUGGAAGGACUGGUGGAUCCUCGACAGAGCUAAGAGGGAUUAGUCCAUCAACAGUGGCUGCUGCCUCAAAGCCACAAACGGUCGUUGCUAUGUCCUCACAGCCUACAACAAAUGAUUCUAGAUCAUUGGUUAUUUCUGGAAAUGGGUUUCCUUCUGACUCGGUGUUCGGUGGUGACAUGUUUUCUGUGAACUCUUCACAGAAACAAGGACCUUCUUACUCUGCUAGCAGUGCACCUGCCUCAUCAGCCGUCGUUCCAGUUUCCACUGAGGUUCAGCCUUCCUCUAAGAGAAAUGCACUUGAUUCAUUGCAGAGUUCUUUCUCGAUGCAACCUACAGGGAGUACCACAUCACCCAUUGUUCCAGUUUCUAGGGGGCCUCAACCUUCAGCUAGGACCAAUUCACUAGAUUCCUUGCAGAGUGCUUUCUCCAUGCAGCCUACAGGGAGUCAGUUGCCUCACACUAGGCCAUCAAUGAGCUCGGGUCAGCAGGUUGCUGGUCAAACUCCGGCAUCACUGACGGCAUCGGGGACUGCGGGUGGAGUUGGUAAUUCAAAUUCUGGCAAUUCCCAGUUUCCAUGGCCAAAGAUGAAACCAUCUGAUGUUCAGAAGUACUCAAAGGUUUUUAUGGAAGUAGAUAUAGAUAGAGAUGGAAAAAUCACUGGUGAGCAGGCAAGGAAUCUGUUUUUGAGUUGGAGGCUGCCUAGAGAGGUGCUGAAGCAGGUGUGGGAUUUGUCCGAUCAAGACAAUGACAGCAUGCUUUCUUUGAGGGAGUUUUGCUUUGCUUUGUAUCUGAUGGAGCGCUACAGGGAAGGUCGUCCUCUUCCAGCAGCACUUCCUAACAACGCUAUAUUUGAUGAGACAUUAUUGUCCAUGACAGGUCAACAGAAUGCCAAUUAUGGAAAUACGGGUUGGACUUCCAGUCCAGGUUUUGGGCAACCAUUGGGGACAGGUCCUCAGCCAGUCACUCCUGCGACUGGUAUAAGACCACCAAUUCCUAGGACUGCUCCUCAUACUGACAGUGGAUUAUUAUCUGGUCAGCAAAAGCCAAAGGAUCAGGUUUUCGAUGAUUCUUUUUCAAACCAACUUGCUAAUGGGGAGCAGAAUUCAGUGAACUCCCAAUUUCAAGAGGCCACAUCUGCAGUAAAAAAGGGUGAGGAGAAGGAGAAUUUGAUUUUGGAUUCAAAGGAGAAGAUUGAAUUCUACCGCUCAAAAAUGCAGGACAUUGUGUUAUAUAAAAGUAGAUGUGACAAUCGGUUAAAUGAGAUCACUGAAAGAGCAUCUGCAGAUAAACGUGAGGCAGAGACAUUGACAAAAAAAUAUGAAGAAAAGUACAAACAAGUUGCAGAAGUAGCAUCCAAAUUAACCAUUGAAGAUGCCAGAUUUCGUGAGAUACAGGGAAGAAAGACAGAAUUGCAUCACGCAAUUGUUAAUAUGGAACAAGGUGGCAGCGCAGAUGGUAUCCUCCAGGUCCGUGCAGAUCGCAUACAAUCAGAUCUUGAGGAGCUAAUGAAGGUUCUAACUGAGCGUUGCAAGAAACAUGGAAUAGAUGUUAAACCAAAAGCUUUAAUUGAGAUUCCUUUCGGCUGGCAACCUGGAAUUCAAGGGGGAGCGGCUCUUUGGGAUGAGGAUUGGGAUAAGUUUGAAGAUGAAGGAUUUGUCAAUGAGCUCAAAUUUGAUGCAAAAGAUGCACCAGUCUCUCCAAAUGAAAAGUCCGCCUCUGUUCAUGGAGACAAUGGUUCUGCAGAUGAUAGUUUCACUCCAGAUUCCUUGUCCAACUUGGAUGAAAAGCCAAGGCAUUUUCCGAGUACUGGAGAACGUCCUAUGGAGAAUGAGUCUUUAUAUACCCUCAGUGAAGAUGAGCUUGUGAGAAGCCCUCAGAGCAGUCCAGCUGCAAGGUUUCAUGCAGAAAGCCCGUCCUCUGAAUAUUCUGAUAUCCACCAUGGAAAGAGCUCCGAAGCAGAUGCGGAGACACACAGGAGCUUUGAUGAGUCAACCUGGGGUGCCUUUGAAAAUAAUGACGAUACAGACUCGGUCUGGGGAUUUAAUCCUGUAACAACCAGCAGGACUCAGAUUCUGAGAGACACAGGGAUUACUUUGGAUCCAGUGAUUUUGGUAUAAACCCAAUAAGAACAGAUUCUCCAAGUUCUGAGAGUGCGUUUCAUAGGAAGAGUCCUUUUGCAUUUGAUGAUUCUGUACCUGGCACUCCACUCUCCAAGUUUGGAAACUCUCCACCAAGGUUCAGUGAGGCAUCAAGAGAUAACUUUGAUAGUUUCUCAAGAUUUGAUUCAUUCAACAUGAAUGAUGGUGGAUUUUCCCAGCAACCUGAGAGGCUCACAAGGUUUGAUUCCAUGAAUAGUACCAAAGAUUUUGGUGGCUUCUCAAGAUUUGAUUCCAUAAAUAGCUCAAGAGAUUUUGGCGAGAGGCUCACAAGAUUUGAUUCCAUGAGUAGUAGCAGAGACUUUGGUGCGGAGAGACUCACCAGGUUUGACUCCAUGAACAGCAGCAAAGAUUUUGGUGGCAAUCAUGCAUUCACAUUUGAUGAUUCUGAUCCAUUUGGCUCCAGUGGUCCAUUUAAGGUUUCAUCAGAAAAUAGAAGUCCGAAGAAGGGUUCUGAUGGUUGGAAUGCUUUCUGAUGGUUGGAAUGCUUUGUAGCUGCAAAUUGUGAAGUUGAAAGGAGAAGAUGGUCCAUAAUUUUGUGUCUUAUUCUCUUUACCUCCAUUUUGGCUGAGUUUGUUUCAUUGUGAUCCAUUUUUUUCUUGUGCUGUAUAUCUAGGAACAGUAUCUUGACUUUUGUAAAAUAGUAUGGGGUUGGUCUGGAUGACCUUGCUGUAUUUUCAUCAUACCUAUUUUUUCUGGUGUGCCAUGUGAGGAUGAGGAAAAGGAAACUUGCUGUUCUUUUGAGUGGUAAUGAUUUAUGGAAACCAAAGAUAAACUGAGAUGUAUGAAAUUUUACUUUCCCGUU